CUGGAAGAAGAAAGAUCAACUCUGAACUAGUGCAGCUCAGUUCAGCUGAAGAGUGACGACACUUUCCCUCGCAGCUGAGCUUAUCUCCUCUCCAUGAUAUUAUUGAGACGUCGUUUAACCGGUUGACACCGGUUUACGUUUCGCGGUUACGCCGUUGGCCCCCGCGGCGAAAGAAGAGUAAACACUGCGAACAGUCCGUUCGCAACGUCAACACUAUGAGUUUACGCUCGAAGAUAUUACGCGGAAUGAGACAGAGGUCGCAGGUACCGCUGCUGCAGGUGGCGGUGAGAAGGUACAAUGCCUGCCGGCAAUGCCCCACGCAGAGGGAGCGUGGCUCCAGCAGGGACGCGCGUGAUCCCGCUGUGUUGUACACGACGUGCAUGACCUUCGCCGCCUUAGGUAUAUCUUACUACAUUUUCAAACACAAGAGACGAAGCGUCUAUGCUCUCAGCGCGGCCGAGCCGAGCGUACACUGUGGUGAAUUGCGAAAGGACAUGAAGACCUACACCUUGGAGGAGGUGGGCAGGCACGACAGCAAAGAGAAGCGCAUCUGGGUCACCUUUGGCCAGGGCGUGUAUGACAUCACGGAUUUCGUCGAGAAGCAUCCGGGUGGUCCGUCCAAGAUCCUGAUGGCCGCCGGGGGAUCCAUCGAUCCGUUCUGGAGCAUCUUCGCGAAUCACAACACGCCGGAGAUUCGCGAGCUGCUGGAGUCCAUGAGGAUCGGAAAUAUAUCGGCGGCGGACGCCGAGUCUAAUACAAGCGACUCGUACGAUCCGUACGCGAACGAGCCCGCCAGGCACAAGGCCCUGACGAUCAACGGCCACAAGCCCUUCUGCGCGGAACCGGCAUCGCCGCUGUUGACCGAGAGUUUUCUCACGCCGGCUGACUUCUUUUAUGUGAGAAAUCACUUGCCCGUUCCUCAGAUAGACUUGAAGGAUUACACGCUAGAAUUGGCGAUAGAAGGGACGACCAAAAAGACGCUCGACUUCGAAGCGAUAACAAAGUAUAAGAAGAGGACGAUAACAGCGGCUGUAAUGUGCGGCGGAAACAGGCGCUCGGAAAUGUCCAAGGUAAAGAAAUUGAAAGGCAUUAACUGGAACGUUGGCGCUGUUGGAAAUGCAACCUGGACGGGUGUACUAUUGUGCGACGUAUUGAAAGAUUUAGGAAUCGAUGAAGAUGCCUUUGAUCACGUUCAGUUUGAAGGAUACGAUCUAGAUCCAGCUGGUAUGCCGUAUGGAGCAAGCAUUCCUAUCUGUAAAGCAAUGGACCCGAGAGCGGACGUGAUCCUGGCGUAUGAAAUGAACGGUGAACCGUUGAGCAAAGAUCACGGAUUUCCGAUUAGGGUAAUCGUGCCUGGUGUCGUGGGCGCUAGGAACGUGAAAUGGCUGAGUAAAAUUAUCGUAUCGAAGGAAGAGAGUCCGUCGCAGUGGCAACAGGGCGAUUACAAGGGUUUCUCUCCAAGCACAGAUUGGGACAAUGUGGACUUCAGUAAAUCGCCCGCGAUACAAGAAAUGCCUGUAAUAUCGGCGAUAUGCGACCCGCAAAAUUCGGAUGUGGUCGAAAUCAAGAAUGGGAAAAUUCAAGUGAAAGGCUACGCGUGGUCCGGUGGUGGCCGGAAGAUAAUCCGUAUCGACGUCACUAAUGAUAAAGGCAAGACCUGGCACACGGCAGAUUUCACGGAAGAUCUUGAGGCGAAGCAAGGCCGAUACUGGAGUUGGACGUUGUGGAACGUGGAACUUCCUGUGAGCAAGAAUUCAAAAGAGGUUGAAAUCUGGGCUAAAGCAGUCGAUUCGGCGUACAAUGUGCAACCAGAAAGCUUCGAGAACAUCUAUAACAUACGAGGAUUGCUCUGCAACGCGUAUCACAAAAUCAAAAUUCAACUGAAGCAAUGAAUUGACUUUACGUUGAUCACACAAUUUAUGUUGAACCAUGCGAGUCAAAAAUCUAAUACUCCGCAAAAGAUUUGUGAUAUUACCGUAUGAAGAGAUUUUGGAUAUAUUUGGAGGAAAUUGCGGUUCUUCCAAGCUGAUUCUUCAAACAUUCUUUUCUCUAAACUACGACGAAGGUGCAAUAAUUCUUAGAUAUAAAUCAUUGUUAAAGAUUGGUUUCUUCAAAUUGCCAGUGUAACUAAAGUUCCAAAUUUUAUUCGACCACAGCCUAGAGUGU